GUGUAUUUUUGUGCCACUUAAAGUUAUCUGUCAAUUUUAAGUUAUAAUAAAAAUGUAUAGUAUUAAACAAUAUUUAUUAUGUAAUGAUUGCAUGAUGUAUCAUUAAUUGUUUUUAAUUCAAAUCCAGCAUUAUCCAGCAUUACUGUUUAAACUAAACCAAUCUAUUUAAUAAAAUAGACAAUUUUAUAAUUAUGUUAACUGAAGCAGAAAAUAAUGACAAUAAUAAAAAUCUAUCUUCAGCAGCUGAAGAAAUCAAGUUUACCGAGCGAAUGAGAAAAGCCACAAGGAAAGAACAUCGAAUUAGUGAUGCCUUAAUUAAUGCAAAAAUGACCAUUGGAAUGACUGAUAGCAAAGUAUGGGUAGAAGGACUACGAAGAUUUUAUGUUGUAUACCAGUAUCUAGAGAUUGCUAUGAAAAAAGAAGAAAAUUAUAACUUACAUAAAUUUGGCCAAAUUAAUGGAUUGUUCCGUACAGAACCAUUUGAAAGCAGCUUACGACAUUAUUUAGGAGAAAAAUGGCCUUCCGGAACAACUAAGGCCAUGGCUGAAUACUCCAACUACUUAUUAAGUUUAGAAAAUGAAAAUCAUGUACUGUUGUCACCAUUUAUAUAUCAUAUGUAUAUGGGCAUUUUAUCUGGUGGUCAAAUAUUGAUGGCUAAACAAAGGAUGGCUUUCUCAGAUGGAAAAGGAUCUGAAGCAUUUUACUUUGAUAUUAAUGUAAGAGAGGCAAAGAAUCAUUUACGGAAUGAAAUGAACGCUUUGGCAGAAAAGCUAGAUGACGAAACAAAACUUAGAUUAUUAAAAGAGAGUAAAAUGGUAUAUUUAUUAAAUAAUAAAUUAGUAAAAGAAGUCAAAGUUCCUACAGAAAUUUUGUUAAUCAAGUUAAUAUUUGUUAUUGGCAUUUUUAUUCUAGUGAUCCUACUAUGGAAGGUGUCAAAAAAAUUUCUUAUGGUUUUAUUCUAGUCAAUAAUAAAUAACUGAUAUUUAAUUAGCAGAUCAAAACUAAAUUUUAAAUAUUUAGUUUGACAAAUCAAUUUUAAUUAUAUUAAAUAAUCCAGUUAUAGAUACUUCUUUAUAAUUGAUUAUUAUUAUUUUUUUGUUAUGAUUUAUUAUAUUUGGGUAAUAAAAAACAGUUAAUAAUUUAUUUCAUAGUAAUGUAUACACUACUAUUGAAAAUCUAUAAUAUAUUUAAUUGUAUUCAGUUUAUUGUAUAUUGUAUUAUUUAUUAUAUUUAUUUUAUUACACAAGCAAAAA